UGGUAACAAUAAGCAUGCUAAUUGAAAUAAAAUUAUAAGACACUAGGGGAGAAUUCAACAAGGGGAUUUUUCUAAGUCUAGAGGAGUCUGGAAAAGAUUUCCCAGAAGUAAUAUUUAAGCAGAGACCUGAGGGAGUAGGAUUUGACCAUGGUGAUAGAAUUGUGUCCCAGGCAGGGGAUACAGCAUGUGCAAAGGUCCUGAGGUUGGUAUGAGGUUUGUGUGUCCAAAGCAAAAAGUCUACUCUAGUGGCCCUUUUUGCUGUUUGAUGAACACACACUUACAUCCUUCCUGGGUGUAAAUCUCCAGGUGGACUUGCUUGACUUGAACAGAAACCUUUGGGGACCAAAGGAAACCCAAAGGUCAAACAAACCUUUGGGCUGGAAAUGGAAGGCAAUUUAUCCUGCAAAGUAUAUCAUUGCCCCAGCCCUGGAGCGGGGUUUCACCUGGCUGGUGAGGCUCCUAAGGCUUUUCUCUGUGGCUUCACAUUAGAAAUGCUCACGCCCACUUGGCACUGUGCUUCAGACUAUGAAUUCUUUGGCUCUUCUGUCUUCUCUUAGCCCCAUUACAGAGCAGCAAGAUGAGACUUCAAGAAAGGACUGUCUUGCCUGAGGUCACAAAGGCCAAGCCCUAACCCCCACACCCUACCACCUGGCACUUGACACGUAUAUCAACGCUGGCUGCGGUAUAUGUCUUGGGCACAGGUUUCCCAAACAGUCCACAGUCCUUGCCCUUCCUCAUGCCCAGGGAGCCUUUCAGGGGUAGGAAGAUAAAUACACCACGACCAUUUCAUUUGUCCCUCCCAUCUGCAGAACCAUGGCCACCAAGGGGCAAAGAGGUGCCAAGUUCUGAUGGGCGCCAAUGGAAGGAGGGGGAAGAGGAGAGAGCCUCUUUCAGUAUCCGAGCAUGUGUGCAACUUCCUGCCAGUGAGGAAACACUCGGCUAAAAUCAGCCCAGCUUCUCCUUUCCCUGCUCUGGUCUCACAGGAGCAGUUGUGGUGAGCCGUGGGCCACACUGGCCUCAGCCAGUCCGGCCAAACGCUGGCGAAGCGAUGCCCUGGACUGUCCUGCUCUUUGCAGCUGGCUCCAUGGCGAUACCAGCCCCAUCCAUCCUGCUGGUGCCCCCACACCCCAGCAGUCACGAGGACCCCAUCUACAUUAAAUGCAUGGCCCCCGGGGGCUUCCCAGGUGCCAACUUCACGCUGUACCAAGGGGAGAUGGUGGUCCAGCUCUUGCAGGCCCCUGCAGACCAGUUCAGUGUCAUCUUCAACCUGAGUGGUGGCAGCUGGGAGGCUGCAGCGGGGACGACGUUUCAUUGCCAGUAUGGCGUGCUCGGUGAGCACAGGCUACUGCAGCUGUCAGACCUCAGUGAGACUGUGCACGUCUCCUUCCCAGUGCCCCCUUGGAUCCUGGCACUCUCCUUGAGCCUGGCUGGAGCCCUCCUCCUUGCUGGGCUGGUGGCUGUUGCUGUGGUGAUCAGGAAAGUUAAAGCAAAAAAAAUGCAGAAGAAAAGAGAGCAAGAAUCUUGCUGGGCCCAGAUUAACUUCACCACCACAGACAUGUCCUUCGAUAAUUCCCUGUUUGCCAUCUCAACGAAAAUGACUUCAGAAGGAGACACAGUCACCCUGGAUGCUCACUCAGGCUCUGCUGCGACCCCUGAAAACUGCGGGCCCCGGAAGAGGCCCAACUCUACAUCAUCCUCACCUGAGCCCCCUGAAUUCAGCACCUUCCGGGCCUGCCAGUGAGGCUGAGGAUUGCGGCCCCUCUCUAUGUUACCCUGUCCCCCUCUCUCACUUGAUCUGGCCAGGCCAUGUGGGGCCAGAGUCCCUCCAGGUAGUUCAGAGGGUUCUGGCUACUGCUUUCUCAGGGAACUGAACAGGAUGUCUGGCCUUGGGACCUUCCUCACAGAGGAGCAGGAGUAGAAGAGUGGGAGCAGGCAUUGGCCUGGAGGCUGGACAGAAAGCAGGAAGCCUCUCUUUGGAUUCUCAGCUUCAAAGACCACCAGGGAAGUAGUUAGGAUCCCUUCUGGUCCCCAGCUAGGCCAUAAGAGGUCUGAGCUUUCUGUACAUCCCUUCGGUUUCCUCAUCCUUUGCCACACCUGACUUGGACAACACAACUGGGUUUUUGGAAAAUAGGGUACCCCCAGGUAUGUUCUGUGUGUCUGCCUUGCUGGUAUGCCUAAAUUAUUAAUUAUAGCACGUGCUGAGCUGAUCCCAA